AUGCUUCCACCAGAAGGCUAUCAGAAGACACAAAAAGGAGAGGCUUGUACAAGUGAGAGUGAAAUUAUCUCAGUAAAACAAUUUCUUGAUUCUGCCUUCACAAUCAAAGACCUUGGCUAUGCAAAAUACUUCACCGGGCUUGAAAUUGCAAGGAGCAGUACUGGUACUUAUAUUAACCAACGGAAGUAUGCCUUGGAUAUACUCAAAGAUGCCGGUUUGUUAGGGGUUAAACCUGCUCAAACUCCUCUUCCUAAAGGAUUGAAGUUUUCUGAUAAUAGUCAUGCACUACCUGAUCCUGAUAGGUAUAGGAGAUUAAUUGGCAGAUUGUUGUAUUUAAGUCUCACCAGGCCUGAUCUUUCUUAUGCCACCCAACAUUUGAGUCAAUUUGUCAGUUCCCCAACUCAAGAUCACUGGAAUGCAGCUGUCCACUUGCUCAAAUACCUUAAGGGUUGUCCCAGCAAAGACUUGUUUUUCUCCUCUUCCAACACGUUUGAUCUCCAAGCUUACUGUGAUGCAGACUGGGCAUCUUGUCCACAAACCAGAAAGUCACUUACAGGUUAUUGCAUGUACCUGAGCUCUUCACUUAUUUCUUGGAAGACUAAGAAGCAGACAACUGUAUCUAGGUCCUCAGCCGAAGCUGAAUACAGAAGUCUUGCCACUACAAUCUGUGAAGUGCAGUGGAUAUCCUACAUUCUUGCAGAUUUUCGAAUCCCUCUUCAGCUUCCCAUCCCUCUUUGGUGUGAUAACCAAGCUGCAUUACACAUCACAGCAAACCCAGUCUUCCAUGAGUGCACAAAACAUCUGGAAAUCGACUGUCAUUUGGUGAUGGACAAGUUCAAACAGGGUUUUGUUAAGCCUUAG